UGUUCAAUUAACAACAAGUGUGAAGUGUGUAGCGCCUACAGCAAAAGGAUAAUACGCCUUUUUGGAUUAUAUAUUGUGCCUGGAUUAGUUACAUUUUGCAAAUUUAACAUGAAAAACUUUGCUCUCUGCUUGAUUGCAGCUGCGCUGCUCUGCCUCAUCGAGGCUGCGCCUCAGCCCCAAGGAGCCGCUGAGCCCAUUGCUAUUAUCAGUCAGGAGUCCAACAUCGAACCGGAUGGCGCCUAUAAUUACAACUAUGAGACGGCCAAUGGCAUUAAGGCUGAGGAGACGGGCACUCUGAAGAAGGCCACAUCGCCGGAUAAUACAGAUGUGAUUGUUGUCAAGGGCUCCUUCUCGUACACAUCGCCCGAGGGCGAGCUCAUCACGCUGAACUAUGCCGCUGAUGAUGAGGGCGGCUUCCAGCCUACAGGCUCCCACUUGCCCACACCACCACCAAUUCCGCCAGCGAUCCAGAAGGCGCUCGACUAUCUGAUGAGCCUGCCACCCACACAGCAGCAGCGUCGUCGUUAAGUCGACUGCAGUCGCUGGCCAUGUGACCCUGUUAACGAUUCUCUGAUCUACUCUUUAACUCAAAUGUUAUGCUGUUAACUGUUUACUGUUAUCAACAAAACUUAACUACAAGAAGCGGAACACCAACGAGCAGCUGACUGAAGAACCCACACACACACACACACACGCACACGCAUAUACAGAGAUAUACAAUAUACACACAUAUACUCAUAUGCUAUUGCUACUAUAUCUUAUGUCUAUAACUAUUUUCCUUUCCUGCUUAGCUCUUUCACUCUGUCGCCUUUAGUCGCCGGAACUUUGCCAUUUUCGGACUCAUGUGAUAUCAUCGAUUUGUUAAUGAAAUCAAGCAGAAAAUGUUAAAAAAAAAAAUAUAUAUGUUUAUAUAAUUAUAGCAUAAUAAUUGAAAUACAAUUUUUAUAUUAUGCACAGCGUAUAUUCUUGUGUAAAUAGUCUGCAUACAAUAAACUUUUGCACUUACUUUAAGACCUUAUGGAUGACAAUGAAUGUUAAUGUGAAUGAUGCUAGGAUGAUACACACACAUACAAACAAACAAACAUAUGUAAAUAAUGUGUAUUGUGGAUUUUGUUUGACUUGAAACACACACAUGAGAGAAAUUUAUAUAUCUUUAGUCUUAGCUGCAAAUAAAGAACUAAAGAUUCUUUG